AUGGGUGGAUGCCCCAGGUUGACUGUUACUGUCUGCUGUGUGAGAGUGGGUUCGAUCCUGACGGUGGUGCUGGAGGCUGUGGAAGUGACGCAACUGCUGGUAGUGCAGACCUGUGGUUCCCUGGUCCAGGCAGCGCUGACUCAGCCGUCCUCAGUGUCAAAGAACCUGGGAGAAACCAUCCAGAUCACCUGCUCCGGGCUUAGCAGCAGCUAUGCUUUGGCUGGUUCCCUGGUCCAGGCAGCGCUGACGCAGCUGUCCUCAGCGUCAGCGAACCUGGGACAAACGGUCCAGAUCACCUGCUCUGGGCUUAGUAGCAGCAGCAGCAGUGCUUAUGUUGGCUGGUACCAGCAGAAGACACCUGGCAGUGCCCCUGUCACUGUGAUCUAUGAGAGCAGCAAGAGACCCUCGGACAUCCCUUCACGAUUCUCCGGAUCCAAGUCCGGCACCACGGGCACGUUAACCAUCACUGGGGUCCAAGCUGGUUCCCUGGUCCAGGCAGCGAUUACUCAGCCGCUCUCGGUGUCAGCAAACCUGGGACAAACCGUCCAGGUCACCUGCUCCGGGGUUAGCAGUGGUUAUGUUGGUUGGUACCAGCAGAAGGCACCUGGCAGUGCCCCUGUCACUGUGAUCUAUCAUAAUACCAAGAGACCCUUGGACAUUCCUUCUCGAUUCUCUGGUUCUGUGUUCGGCACCACGGGCAGAGACAAACCGUGGAAUCAAAGUUCCCUGGUCCAGGCAGCCAUGACUCAGCCAUCCUCAGUGUCAGCGAACCCGGGACAAACCGUCCAGAUCAGCUGCUCUGGGCUUCACAGCAGCAGCAGCAAUUGGCUGCGACACAUCCCUUCGCGAUUCUCCGGAUCCUUGUCCGGCACCACGGGCACGUUAACCAUCUCUGGGGUCCAAGCUGACGACGAGGCUGUCUAUUACUGUGGUGGCGCUACGACGGCAGCAAUGCUGAUUGGGGUCAUGGAGGCACUGAGUUCCCUGGUCCAGGCAGCGCUGACUCAGCAGCCGUCCUCGGUGUCAGCGAACCCGGGAGAAACCGUCCAGAUCACCUGCUCCAGGAGCAGCAACAGUUAUGGCUGGUACCAGCAGAAGACACCUGGCAGUGGCCCUGUCACUGUAAUCUACUGGAACGACAAGAGACCCUCGGGCAUCCCUUCACGAUUCUCUGGUUCGUUCUCCGGCACUACGGGCGCAUUAACCAUCACUGGGGUCUAA